CAUAAAAAUCGAAUCACACAAAAAAUUUUUCAGUCUAAUAUUUACUGGUGGAGCAAGGCGGCCCUCUGAUUUUAUUAUAAUGGGUCUCAUAUGUGUAUCAGUUUAUUAGGGCUUGCUCAUAUAACUUGUUAGAAUCAGAUGCUACGUCUAUCCCGAUAAGCCAAUUCGUCUACCAUCUCAUGUCGUUUCAUAGCGUUUAAGCCUCUUUUAGAGACAUGGCCUUAGAAAUCCCUUACAACAGUGUCAUAGGGGUUGCGACUUGCAGUACGCAGCAGUUUCUGGUCUACAUAACAUUUCUGUGCCUGGUUUUCACGGAGUGUGGAGCGUGCUUUUGAAUAAUAUACAAAAAGGCGCAUUCUAGCAUAGCAGAGCUCCAGCAACAAGUCAUGAAAAUAUUUUUUCCACGUUUGAAUUUUAUAUUGACACAAUUUCUUUUUUGACCUUUAAGACGACCGUAGUUUUUCAAAAAGGCCAGGAUCUCCUCGACCGAGAGUAAAGCAUGUUCAUGACUAUCAUAUUGCACCUUCCUUGCUUUCUCCUUCAGAGACACAAAAUUUUUCUAGUACAGGCCUUGGUAUUAGACAGCCGAAAAAGCGUAAAGAAUAUGAAAAUUGUGAUGGAGAGCGAACGUUGACAGUAGCUGCGAAUGGAGGAAUAAGUGAGACUUGUACGCAGUUCAUACCGCACAGGGUCCAGGUUCCGACGAUAGCCCACUGCGACGGACAUACGCAUUCUGUCGUGUUUCCCGUCCUGACGAAACAGGCUGAUAUGAUUCCAGUUACGGAUCCGUUUUUUCUCCGUUCUACGGACUCCGCGCUUCAUAGUACGCCUAUUGUUCAGCGGUAUUCUGUCAACUUGUACGGAACAGAUAUUCGUUCUGCAGAGAUCCAUCGCGGAGCGCCUCUGAGUGACCCGUGGGUCUCGAGGGAGAAACACGGGGAACCGCCUAACGUUUCUGAGGUGUCGACGUCUAUAACUCGAUGCAAUUUCGAUCAGCAUUCUGUUGAUGCGGAGAGGCGCGAUCAGAACCUAGAAGUAGCUGUUUUCGACAUACCUGGCUAUGUUACUGUGGAUUUGCUGAAUAGUGAGUUUUCGAAAGUAGGCCGCGUUGCUUCUUGUAAUUUGUACGAACACCCGGAGACAAAGGUCCAUAUUGGGGUCGGGUCCGUGAGAUACCACUGCAGCGAGCAUGCAUUGAAUGCCGUGAAGUGCUUGAAUGGCAAGGUUGUUCACCUGUCUAAGACAAAAAAAUGGGUUAUCCGUACAGAUCUGGACCAGACAGGUGUUUUACGUUCCGAAGCGAAGAACAGGGUCAUGGAGAAAGAGUUUUUGUUUUACCGCCCGUUCAGCAAGGAAUCCCUUAGCAUGAUUGGUGAGUGUAGUUUGAAUCACGGCGGUUCGGAAGGAAAUUUAGAAAAUAGCGUUGGUUCGAUAGAGGGCGAAAGAAGGUCAGAGCAGAGAGACAGGGAUAUGUUGAGUAAAGAAGGAGAAGUAGAAGGUGACUCAGAUAAGAUGUAUCCGGUGUUGAGAUGUCGAGGUAUAGAGGAGUUAAGAGACGAAGCUCAAAGUAUCCUAGAGCAUUGCUUUGAGUCUUAUAAUUGUUUGUGCGCAUAUCGAGAACAUGAGGAAUGGUGUGUGGUGUUUGGGUGUGAGAGUGACAAAGAUUUCGCGCUACAUAUGAUGAACCAUUUAGCAAUAACGCCGGGCGUUAGGAUUUAUUUAGAGUCUGCGUACCAGGUCGUUUCGAAGAACGUGAUUUCGGAGGGCAUUAAGAGAGUGAGCUGUAUUGGCCUACCGAGAGAAGGAAGGGUGAGUGAAAGCAACAGAGAGGUUUUCUUGAAUGGAUGGAAGUCUGCGUUGUUGGUCGAGCAGCAAAAGAUGAUUGCAGUGAUUUUGCUGAAGGAGUUGAGGGAUGCAGUAUCGUCAUCUUUGUCUUCGAUGAUUGUCAAUAGGACGGUGUCAAAUUACGUGAGGAGGCUGUUUGAGAGCAAGGAGGAAAGAGGGUUAAAAAUAGAAGGGGUGCUAUCGACAGAGAAUGAGAAGGAAGAAUGCGUGGUUGAGCUGGGGGAGGCCAAGAGGGGAGAGUGGCCUGAGCUGAGUGGAUGUUUGGCACCUGAGAGGACGGAUAUCGUUCGUGCAAUGGAAAGACCGAAAAAGGUCAAGUUGGCGGCAGUAGUUAGAGAUCCUGAGAGGAAGGAGAAUUUAACAGGAAGUACGGGAAUGAUAUCGAUGGGUAGAGACGCGGGGAAUAUGGACGAAGUUUAUGAACGCGAAGCAGCGCGUCUUUUUGAGCUAGAAAAAGAGGAAGAGAUUUAUGUUGAACAUCAGACUCAGUUUUCACCGCUUGAUAUUUCAAAGAGAGAUGCAGAGAAUUAUGCAUUGUUUUCUCCAGCAGUUCAGAGUUCGUUAAGGGUUGCAAAACGGGCGAUAGGGAGUUGGACACCUGCGCAGUACUAUCAAGAUUAUGGCUACUUGGAUCUAUCACCGGUCCAGAAGCAGGCUGUAGAACAAGGAUAUGACCUGAGAUUUACCGUCUCAGGGUCAGCAAGGACGGACCCUGUACGUUCUCUCGAUGAGACAGAAAGGUCACGGAUUCGAGUGCAUUAUGUGCAUCAACAAGGAAUUCAGGAAAGUCCGGAUCAGGGAAUGAACGCGUCCGCCACGCCUUCAGGCACAGCUAGGGCUCGCCAGAAUCGACAAGAAAAGCGCUUGAAUUUGAGCACGGCAUUCAACCCUCUGUUUCGCGACAGUCGGCUUGAGAAUCGUCGCAAACGCCUAAGGUUUGGAAAGUCAACUAUACAUGAGUGGGGAUUGUUUGCAUUAGAGUUCAUCCCGGCGGGUGAGAUGGUUAUCGAAUACUUAGGCGAGAUUAUUCGUCUCAGGGUGGCGGAUAAGAGGGAGAAAAAGUAUAAAGAACAGGGAAUGGGAUCCUCUUACAUGUUCAGGAUCGUAGACGAUUGGGUGAUCGACGCUACUCAAAAAGGAAACUUUGCCAGGUUUCUCAAUCACAGCUGUAAUCCCAACUGCAUCUCUCGAAUUAUUCCUGGAUCUUCGCGAAGACACAUUGCUAUUUACUCGAAGAGAGACAUACAGGUAGGAGAGGAGGUCACUUACGACUACAAAUUUCCAAUAGAACCAGAAAAAUUCAAGAUAAAGUGUCUGUGUGGAUCCAGCAAAUGCAGAGGAACUCUGAACUGAGGCGAGGUGCUGCUCGCGAACUUGCAUAUUUUGAUGCUGGAAGGUCCCUAGCUCUGCUGACAAAGCGUGUUCUGAGCCGCUUGCACUAUUCGCAUGCAUGUAUGUUGCGCUAUCCGCUGUGCGCGUCAAUAGAGCUUUCGGUGAGAUCAUUGUGUAUGCAGCAUCAUUGCGUUUUGAAGUAACCAGAAAUACGAGCAUGACAGCGGUCGUCUACACGUCUAUCAUCACAGGAUAACUGAAGUGAAUUCACUUUACACAUUAUUCUCUCCGUAACGAUAUUUAAAAAAAAUUUAGCACGAUAUUUUUCGUGACAAUUUUUGUAACACGCACAAGCUCCGAGCCGUGCCUGCAGGGCUUAGGCGAAGCGUGCCAUGGAAGACCAUGAAGCAGUCGGCGACCAUAACGGCCUUUAAUUGACGUGCUUACAUUAGGCUACCAGGCAUUGAUAACCCAAUGGUGAUGUCAGCAGGUAUCAUAGAAAACAGCGUGGUGUAGUCAAAGACUAAAUAUAUGAGGGUGUGUCCCUAUAAUAUGUGUUCUAUACGGAUCUAAUGUAGCCGAUAUUUUUAGGCUCUCGCGCAUAAUACAUUGGGGCAAGUCACAAAACUGUUGCAAAAGUUAUAAGGGCGACAUCAGAGCAGAUAAUGCGAUUUUUUUUCGUUGUUCCUCACUGCUUUACAGGUCUCGACACAGUUCUUACAAAUCGAGCUGAAAAUGAUUAAUAUAGUAUACGUAUGGCAUUCACGACAACACAUCUUUCUACAAUAAGUAUGAAUCGAUAGAGAGUGAAUAUAGAAGGAUAUAAUAUAGUUAUAGUGUGAAGACAACAGUAUAGCUUGCUUUUAUAAGCAUUAAAUGAAUGAUGGUUUCUGUUUUUUAUUAGUUCACAUUUUAUCUGUUAUGUGCUUACAUGUCUCAUGCUUCAUAGCACACUAGACCUUAUAGUGUAUAUUGGUGUUGUUAGCUAUUUGUUCUGUUUAUUAUGUAUAUGUAUAAUAUAUACACCGUAGCCUGUUUGCAGUUUUCAUUGUUGUAGUAGUUUUUUAUAUUACUAUAGAAGACCACAUCACUAUUGUUGGCAUUCUUCGUAUCAUCUUGCGUUUGAUGCGUUGAUACGUAAUCUCCGUAUUACUACGUAUUUUGUUGGAUAUCUAUCCUAUUAUUUUAGCAGUGUUACUUGUCAUCUCAUAUUGUUGUAAUAAGGCAUCAUAUAUCAUGCGCUGUUCUUUAUGCUGUUUGUUUUUGUUAUACCAUAUAAAUGCUUAAUAGUGUCUGGUAUUACUAUGUUUGCUAUAUCUUUGGCUAUGUCUGAUCCAGGAAACCUAUCAUUUUGUCUAUAUGUCUCUAUCAGCGUGUUCAUUGUUUAUUACUGUGUCGUCAAUAAGUACUUUAUGUGCAUAUAUAUAAGCCACUGUAUUUGGUAGAUGUUCUAAUAAUUUGUAUUGACACCAUGUUCAAAUUUACUAUAGUAGUUAGCCUCAUAUUAUUCCGCUAUUACAUGCGAUACUUCCAGAUUGUAUAUAUUCGAUCAGUUUACUUAAGCCAAACGUAUCAUAUUUUGAUGAGUUGCUCUAGAUACAUAACAUGUGUUAAAUAUUAUUAUAUAGCAUAUGUAUUAUGUGUUAUUUCUUUUUGUUUUACAUGUAUUCAAUAAAGCUAUUUGACGAAAAAACAUACCUGUCCUUUGGAGCUCUGUUGAUAACAAUAUGUGAUCAAUUAGUGUAAUUGAAUUCAGCAUAUCUAGCAGCGAGUUAUUGUAAUAUAAUAAAUUCAUUAAUCAAAUAUACAUACAAGUAUUUUAGAUAUUUAUUAUGAUUGAUACUCACCGGUAUAUAUCAAUUCUAACAUACUAUCAAUACUUUACAACGAUCUAUCUAGAAACGAAAAGUCCUAAAAGAUCCUAUUUUAUAAUUGGUAUAUAUAGUUAUUUAUAUAUAGUUAUUGUCGACGCAUAUGCAUGUUCAAGGCAGAUAUUUACUAUUGUGUAAAAUCCAAUCUUCUUACCCUCAUUCUUGAACAAAAUCGACUUUGAACUAAACUAACUCAUGUGACGUUUGUCUGUACUCUUAUUGUCUAUAUCUAAUAUUCAUACAUGCAUCCCAAAUCACAUACUCUAUGGGCAAUCUUUACAGCAGGAUUCAGACAAUGUGUAAUCAGAAAGCUUUGGGUCUAUAAAUACUAUGUGUGUUUGUUGGUUUUUAUUAUUACACAUCGACCUAUAAAUACCACGUUCAAACCGGUAUGUGGAAUACAGAAAACAAGGUAAAACACAAAAAGCUGUUAUAAAGAAGGACAAAAAAAUAUUGUAACGACUUUAUAAUGUAAAAAAUAAUAUAACAAAUCAAGAAAACCAGAAACAUAGGUGAUGCGAAAAAAAUUCUAAAUGAGACGAUAUGUGUAGUUAGAGAAUAACUAUAUAGUUUAUAAGCAACAAUAUUUAGAAGAUGAAGGAUAAUAAAAACGCUUGCAUAUAUAUCUA